GCCAUCUAUUCCACCAAGAUGGAGUGUGAUGUCUAAUCCGGAGCGGUACGAACACGGAAGGGAGGUACGAGGUGAGGACGAUCGGGCACACGAUGAUCGAGAACGGAGUAGGCGAGAUGAGGAUCGGGAGCGGGGUGAGCGACGAAGGGGGCCUACCCGCUACAACUGCAGCGAGGUUGGACACUAUGCCAAUCAGUGUGCAAGACCUAGAAGGUUCGGUGGCGUGGCGCGACCAUCAACAUCUGCCGACUCAAGGAGGUCCAGGUCCCCGCGGCGUGGGGAGUGGAGACGGGAACCAGUUGUGCAGUUGGGCCCGGGAGUAUCACAGCAGAUCAGUGAUCUAGGCCGAAGCGUCGCAUCCAUGAAGCAGCAUUUUGAGGAGGAGAGGAUCCGCAAGGAGAAUCGUUUAAGGCGUAAGCAAGAAAGGGAAGAGGAGAAGCGGCGGGAGGAGGAGAUGCAGAUCCGUGAAGCAGAAGAGAGAGCUAUCCAGGAGGAAAAGGCUAAAAAGAAGCGGGAAAGACGUCGGAAGGAAGCCGAAAGCAGACCCGAAUUGAAGAAGGACCUAAGUAUGCACUUGAUACUACAAGUUAGUGAGUUGGAGGAUAAGUUCGUGCAACGGAUGAGGCAAGCCGUGAUGGAACUGCACAAGCCACCGAGUGAAAAGGGUAAGGAACCGCGACGGGAGCCGGCUUACAGCGGCAGUAGUAGCAGGAGUGAAACCAGCAUCACGCAGGAUUUGAGUGCAUGAACGGCGGAACUGGUCAUCACUGACAAGCGGAAGCGAGGUCCGGAUAUGGCCAUUAGUAAAAGUCCACCAAUGGA